CCACUUAUCCCACAUCUCCCCUGUCCACGCGCUGCAGCCUAUUUGCGACCAGCGACGUCUGAGCGUACCUGCCCUUAGCAUAUCUCCUUCUCGGUCUGACUGAGCUCAUUGAGCAUCCAGCUGUACGUUAACGCAUUCCCAAACCCCAGCUUGCCUGUAGUCAAGCUGCUUCUGUACUCAUUCUCUUUUUCGCAAGCAUUCCCUUGCCUUGUUUUGUAAUUCGCGUUUCUCGCUCAUUUUCAGUGUAAUCGAUUGUGUUUGUCGUUUGGUGACGCCUUUUAUUUGCCUUGAACCGGUUGUUUCUGUACAUCACCAGCUUUACGAGUGUUCUUUCUCGCCAAAACCGCUUUUCUUUUUUCUUUCUGUAAGCCUAUCCCAACUCCCCACUGUUUUUAAAUCCCAUUCUCUCGAGCCAGUAUGUCGAAGGAGGAAUACGAGCUGUUGGAAACAACGAAAAAAGAUGACGACCUUGCUGGGGGAAAAGAUACUGCAUUGGAGCAGCCAGCUGAGGAUCUUGAACCCAUAGAACCCGUUGGUCCCACUACCACAGGUCCUGCUCCCGUUUCUCGAGCGACCAUCUUCUUUGCUGUGUCCACGCAGAUUGUUCUCGCCAUUUGCGUAACCAUUCUCAACAAGUCCGCUCUCAACAUUCUGACAGCACCAUUAUGCAUGCUCGGUUUGCAAGCGGCGCUUUCCGCAGGUCUCCUGAAGCUGUUCUGGGCGUACUCGACGCGCCAGAAACAAACACUCGGUCUUGGUUCCGUGUUUCAAUUGCGUAAUUUUGUGUUCGUCAAGAUUCUUGGCAUUGUAAGCAAGACCUACUGUCUUGCUCAUGUUCCCGUCUCCUUCUACCAAAUCUCCCGUGGUCUGCUGCUGCCUUUCACUAUCUUGCUCUCGUACUUCUUGCUUGGUCAAAAGACAUAUGCAUUUCCCCUUGUGGGCUGUGCGCUCGUUAUGCUGGGUUUCGUCUCCGGCGUUCACUACGAGACACGUGUGCCGUUUAUCGGUGUAUUCCUUGGCGUCUGGAGCUCUUUCACUACGGCCAUCGAGACUGUCGCUGUGAAGCAUUAUGUGCACGAAUUCCCCACGCUCGACCUCAUCUACAUCUUCUCCACAUACAUGUCCGUAUUUUGUCUGUGUGUUUCCGUCUUCUCCCACGAGCUCUCGUCUGUUCUGCUUACUGCUGACUUGCUUCAGCUGGGCAAGUUCGGCUUUGCCGUUGUUGCCUCCGCCCUCGCCAACUUUUUGCUCAACGUCGCUACGUUUACGCAGAUCAAGGUCACCUCCCCUGUCACCUACAUGAUCUCUGUCGCCUCUCGUGGUGUGCUGCAGACCCUCCUCGCCGUCGUGUGUCUUGGUGAACACUUGUACGGCAAUCGUAUCUACGGUAUCUUCUUCAUUCUCAGUGGCAGUAUCUUGUACACGCUUGCCAAGGAGAGAGAGCGCCGUAUGAUUGCCCACUAGGGGUGACGAACGAACGGGGGCGACUGCAACGGGCACAAGCCGCUGUGCUCUGAUAUGUUUACCAGCGUCUCUCUCGCCUUGCGCGUCUGCCUACCCACUACCACCUGUUUACUACCAACCUGGGCACUCAUGCCCCCACCUCCCCACAUCCUGUUGAUCCUUCCUUCCCGCGCCAUCAAUGAAUGACAUGUAAUGAUUCCAUACCAGGUAGGGUCCACCCAUGCCCCCGUCGGUAAU